CCAUUGUGCCCUUUUGCAGCUGGUCUUCCUUCUCAUUAUGGGCGCCACUACUCGUGCUGAGGACUGCGGGUAGUGCGGUGGCAUUUCAGCGGUCGGAGUAAGGCAAGAUUCCUCCUUUGCCUUCUUCUCUUAACGGAGUCCGUCUUCCCCCUCCUUUGCCUUUCUUGUUCUCCUUUGCUCUUCUAGUUGGGAUUUGAAUCGUCUGCUAGCUUCUCUGGAGCCUUGAAGUAGAGAAGGGAAGGGUGCGUUUCCUCGGAAUCUUGAAGAGUGCUGAUUGGAUUCUGUGGUGGAGAGGCCGCCCUUGUCCGUGGAUUCGCUUCGAAAUCCUCUGCUUUGUACCCUAAAAGAGGGAGGUUUGUUGAGGGGAACUCGUGACAGCGACACGCCGGGACGGCGUUUGUGAUAAGUCCUUCGGAGAUCUUGGCCGGAUCGUGGGGACGAGGCUCCUCAUUGCGCCGUCGGAAGUGGCCUUGGAGGAUCAGCAUGAGGGAUUUCCCUUCUUGUUUCGGCGAGAGCGGAAUUCAGGUUUCGGACUCCUCGUCCGGCGGCGCCGUUAAGAACGCGCACAAUCUGGUGACUUACUUCUACCGGGCGCGACGCGGCGGCCGUUCUUGCGUCGUCGCCGUUACGUGGAGCAAGACCCUGAUGGGUCAAGGGUUGACUGUCGGGAUCGACGAUGGCGAUGGCCAGUGUCUCUGUAAGGUGGACAUCAAGCCGUGGCUUUUUUCCAAGAGGAAAGGGUCUAAGAGCUUGGAGGUGGAGAGUAGCAAGGUGGACAUCGUAUGGGACUUGUCUGCUGCCAAGUUUGGGCCGGGGCCUGAGCCUUUGCAAGGUUACUAUGUUGCGGUUGUCUUUGAUCUACAGAUGGUCCUCUUGCUCGGUGAUCUGGCCAAGGAGGCCUACCGUAAGACUGCCGCAGUCCCUUCCACUUCCAAUAUGGCCUUCGUAGCCAAGCGGGAACAUAUAUCUGGCAAGAACCUCUACUGUACCAAGGCUCAGUUCUGCGACAAUGGGAAAGCUCAUGAUGUUGUAAUCGAGUGUGACACGGUUGGGCUUAAAGAUCCAUGCCUUGAGAUACAUAUCGACAAGAAGCGGGUAAUGCAAGUGAAGCGACUCGCUUGGAAGUUUCGUGGAAACCAGACAAUCCUGAUUGAUGGACUCCCUGUAGAGGUGUUUUGGGAUGUUCACAGCUGGCUCUUUGGUGUACCUGGCGGAAAUGCUGUCUUCAUGUUUCAAACUUGCCCCUCAGCUGAGAAGCUGUUGCCGUGGUUUCAGGGUUUCAAGCAGUCACAAUUGCAAGGUGUUGGCUUUUCAUUGAUAUUACACGCUUGGAAAAAUGAAUAGGUUAAGGCAAGAGGAUACUUUUUACUUCCUUGCCUUUUCCUUGGUGUGCUAACAAAAUUUAGCAUAUUAUUUGUCUUUAACGACGCCAGUGAGCCUCCCAUUUACUUCCUUUUCGUUUGCUAUUUCUCCUGUUUGAGUAGUUGGGAAGAUUCUGACAUAUAUAUGUUUCUUCUCUCUUGUGAGUUCGUGCAUUAUUUGGGUCAGGUUUUAAUGUUGUACUUUUUGUGUGGAUAAGAUAUGUUCCCUGUUAAACUCAUUCAAGAAAUGGGGACUCAGAAUUCCUUUUCUUGCUGAAA